UUGUGCCAUGAUUUGUGCAGUCGGGCCAGUCAGUCACUAAAGGCUGGAACCGGGGACACGGAGACGACAAAAUUUCUGUUACACAGCAACGGUUUAAUAACAACCAACCGCGUAUAUCCCCAAGAACCUCCGAAGGUGGGGCAAGGGGCAGUCAGUCACACUCGGUCACACCGUCACAAACGCCUUGCAGCUUCGUCGUUGCGUCGUCAGCUGUCGCGAGACCAUCUCGUGGAGGAAUAUUCGUGAAAAGUUGUGCAUGCUGGCCUUCCCUUCGUGUAUCGGCCUAUGUUGUCCGCUACAGGUGCUGCGACUGUGGACGAACUGCAUUAUGACUAGAAAGUAGCAUCACAGACCAUCGUUAUUCAGACGAUGACCGCUACGUAGACGAGAUGACGACGAUGGAGGAAUAUGAACUGUACGGUGAUGCCAAGUACCGCUCCUACGUAACAGCAGUGGACAAAGCCCUCAAGUACUUCGAGUGCACGAGCGAGUGGGCAGAUCUUAUUUCUGCUCUAGGAAAGCUCAACAAGGUCCUGCAAAGCCACCAGCGUUUCCAGUUGAUACCCAGGCACAUCACAGUGAGCAAGCGUCUGGCACAAUGCAUGCACCCAGCCCUUCCAAGCGGUGUCCAUCUACGAGCUCUGGAAACUUACGAGCUCAUCUUUCGCAACGUGGGGCCACAGCGUUUGGCCAAUGACCUGUACCUGUACAGUGCUGGGCUGUUCCCCCUGCUCGCCUAUGCAGCGAUGAAUGUACGACCGACGCUCUUGGCUCUUUAUGAGAACCAUCUGCUGCCCCUUGGGGUGCAAUUAAGGCCUGGACUCAAUGGUUUCUUGGCUGGGGUGCUACCAGGACUGGAGGAAGGAUCAGACUAUUAUCAGAGAACGGAUACAUUGCUGCUGAAUGUGUGCAUAGCGGUGGAGAAGAGGUACUUCUACGGCUGCCUAUGGAAGUGCGUGUUGUGCAACCCUGGCAUACGCUUGCAAGCCAUCACAUUUGUUGUAUCCCACUACAAUCGCAAGCUUAGCAUGGAGGACCAACUGUACAUUAUUGGAACUGAUAUCGACUGCAUGGUACAAGCUUUGUGUGCUGCCCUGCAGGACACAAGCGUCCUCGUGCAGCGCAGUGCUCUGGAGUUGUUGCUUCUCGGCUUUCCUUUGCACAAUUGUCAGCUGGUGUUUGAGGAUCGUGCUCGUAUCUGCAGCGCUGCUGUAAUUGUGUUGCUUCGAAGGGAUAUGUCCCUUAAUCGGAGACUAUUUGCAUGGCUGUUUGGUAGUGAUGGGUCAACCACAGCCAGUGGCAUACCAUCCUCAGAAACAGCUUCGCCUUCCAGUGAGCCUGGAUCUCCCACUGGAGUGUCAACUUCUGCCUACUUCUAUGCUCAUGCAAGUUCCCUCCUGCUAGAAGCACUGCGCAAUGUUUUCAGUCAAAAGCCAAAUGAGUUACAGACAGCGCCAGUGCUUUCUGGAAGCUUCUCUAUAUUUUGGCCGUACAGAAUUCUCAUAAGCCUGAUGGACAGGCAAGAGAUCACUACUGUCAUUCUGGAUGAUAUCUUAAUUGAUGUAUUCAGGUCUCUCUACCAUGAAUGCAACCAGGGAUCCUUGGCGCGUUCACAACAAGAGAAACAGAAUGACCGGCCGCACUUUGAACUUGUGAAGACUGCCAAUCUCUUGUUCAGUUCCCUAGAGCCAACCUAUUUGUGGGGAUAUGUUGCCAAGGGAUUUCGAGAAGCAUGUAAACACCCUGACAGAACAUUAUCUCAAGGACUGGUGGCACAAGUUGGAUCAGGGACACCCUCAUUACCAGAACUCUGCAUACUGUCAGAGUUCUUGCUUGAUGUCAUAUCCUUGGAAACCUACGUGGAAACCCCAACUGAGCACCUCCCUGACCUCCUCCACAACAUCAGCCAAGAGCUCGUUGACCACUGUGGAUCUCUUGCCCCAGUUGAACUGGAACAUGCACUAUCCCUUUGUUCGCGCCUGCUUUACAAAGUCCAGCCAAGUAUUGCAACUACCAUUGAGGAUCCUUUGGUGGUUAACCAACAAAGCCAAAUAGGGUCUGAUGAUGCAUCGUCUGUGAUUCUGCGUUGCAUGCACUCUUUUCAGCAGCUCUUGGUACGAUUUGUCAGCCUUUGGCUGCUCUCCGAACCAGCGCAAACUGUAGUGCAGUUUGAUUCAGUCUUAGUAAAGAAGAGAAUGACAGCCUUUGUGCGAGAAGAUGAGCUUCGACGUCUCCUUGAAUCUGUGGCAGCAAAGGAGCCGUCUGACCCCUAUCGCAGCAUAGACCUACCGAAAGUGUCACGAAAAAUGGUGAAAGUGGGUGAAGUGAAGCUGGAGUUGCUGCAUGGCUUCCAGAGGAUGCAGACGGCAUACGCAAGCCUGUGCCGGAUGUUGGUGGAGCUGUCAUCAUUUCCAGUGCUGCUUGCAACAUCUCGAAAGCUGUUUGACAAGCAAACGGGUACUGAGUCAAGUGAGCUGCCAGAAUGGCUUCGUUAUCUGCUGAUUUUAGCCUGCUUUUGUCCCGACCACGAUAUACUGCUGGCGUCCAUGGGUACUGUCCUUCACCUUCUGGGUCUGUCCCAAACAGCCACUUUGGUUCUGGAGCCUGAGAGGAAAACGGGAGAGAACCAUAAUCCUGCAAACUCUGUAGGAUCAGGUGCCAUGGUGUCUCUCCCUAUGGUACGGCCGCUUGAGCUUCAGGCUGUUCUUGAAGGCACUCACUUUGUGGGAGCCGCAGCCCGAUGCCUGUGGAACUUAUUAGGAGAACAUGCAGGAGAAGUUCACCUGCGUGCAGCUGAAUUGCUGCAGCAGCUCCACAGCUUGGCUGGUAAUGAAGGCUGUGAGGAUGUGCUCUGCAACACAUUGGCCAGUGAAGAUGAUCAGGAGCGAACAGAGGCUCAGAAGAGAUUCUCUAUCUUGUGGCAUCUGAGUCGGGAUCACAAGUUUCAGUCAUCCUCAUCUAGCCCCAUUCGUUCCUUUGAUAGGUGUCUCUUUCAAAUGCUGGACUGCCUGAACAAAGAAACAGGUGCGCAUCGUGCAACAUCCCUCAUCUGGCUGAACCAUGCCCUUAUGCGUGGUGACCUGGCACGUCUUUUGGAGCCUGCCAUGCUUGUUCUCUUUCACCCAGACACAGCGAGAGUAUCUAUUCAGCAUGUGAGCAUACAGCAGCCGCAAGUCAGCACACCUGAGGCAACAACACCAGUGUGCGAAGAUCUACCGUCGGACACGAAAAUUUUCGCAAUUAGCAGCGUCGGUGGAAACGUCAUAUAUCACGUAGACAAGUCUAAGAAGACAAUCGGCAGCAGCUUGGAAAAAAAGGUACUAGCACUGACAUCCAUGGUUGGGCCUGAAAAAGGCAAUGGAUCCAAAUUUGUGACCCGCAGUUCUACGAUUCAAGACAUUGAGUUUCCUCCUGCAUCGCUCGACCUUCUCCAGCCAAUGUCUCUGGUUGUGAACCCUUUUGGAUCUCUCUUGUCUCUAGACAUGCCCGAUGUCUACAGCUGCGAUCCGCCAGAUUUCUCAAACAUAACUCGAGCUGACGGGACAGGUCUGAGAAAAGACUCUCCGAUUGAGCUAACCGAGGUCGUAACCCAAAACGGGGAAGAGCAAAGCCCGCGAGACAUUGUACGGGCAAUUCUGGACGAGAUAGUUGAUGCGGCAUCAUCGAGCGGAAACAAAGUGGAAGUCGGGGUUGAUGCUCUCAGUCACAAUGCAGUGCCAAAACAGGGUGAAAACUCGUUAAUGGCUCAUCCUUUGCACACACACAUACUUCUUUAUUCGCAAGUAUUUGAUUCCCACAAGACGCAUUAUGCACUUAAUGCCAUAAAGUCCAUCAUUGAGUCCAACCCACGAGCCACACUGUGUAGCAUGGCCACCACUAGUGUAGGCGGUUCUCUCUCACAGCGCGGAGCGUUGCUGUUGACGCUCCUGGCACGCCAUCGGAAGUCUAUGUUUGGGAAUGGAUUCCACGGUGAUCUUGCACCCGACGCGCUAUCUGGCUACCGGAGCAGCAUGUAUCUGGAAGCUCUGGUGACCGCCUGCUUAUACUUCAUUCGCAGCUACUACCCCAACCUUCCCCAGUCCCGGCUGACCGCAACAGAACUGGCUGGGAGCCGUAGUGUGAGGCUCUUGUGUUGUGAGGUGCUUCGUCUAGUGUUUUCGGAGCUAGUUGCCGUCGUGAGAGACAGUGGCCGAAGCUUUGCAGUUUAUCUCGGAGACUUGCUGGCACGUUGCAAAGUGCAGAAAGCUCUGCUGCAUUGUGUUGUUGCGUCAGUGCACGGAUUUCAGGAGAAGAAAAUGGCGGAAGACGACGAGGCCGCAUUCACAACUGACGUGGUGGAGUUUAAUGAAAAGUCUCCCGGUGGAACAUCAGGCGUGCUCGGGGACGAUUUCCAAGAGACGUUUCAGGUGCACCUGCUUCAAUUGUUGUCAUCAUUGAUAGUGUUUGAAGACAGAGUGAGCGUACAGACUGGAGAUGAGGGCAACGCAGCUUUGAGAACGACGAAUGAUAAAAUGUCUCGCUUCCAGCCCCAAAUGUCUACGCUGCGAUAUCAACAUAAUGUCUCUCUUCCUUGUCAGGCAAUGUUUGGGACAGCCAUGCUCACGGCUCUUCGUCAGCGGCACAAAGCCCACAUGCAUACCCAUUGGUUGAGCCUGGUCAUGUGUUCCCUGCCAUACUCUGGGAAAUGUCUUACACAAAUUGUGCUCUCCGUUGCCAGUCAGAUCUGCACAAACCUGGAGUAUGUGGUCAGGACUGUGGCAGAGCGGAAUACAGAUGCCGAAGGAUGUCCGCCAGAUUAUUUAAUCUCCCUGGUAGAAGGUCUGACCCUGCUGUGCCACUACUGUGUACUGGAUGCUUCCGUGCCUGCUGUCACACCACUUACUCAGCAGCCUCCUCCCACUCCUUCCCUUGCGUCUGGAGCGAAUGCUUCCCAGAUAAUCUCCAACCUCAUUCAUGUGUUCUCAAAUACAGACCCUCAAAAGGAUGCUAUGAAUCGUGAAGGAGGCAGCAUGGACCCCAUCCUGACGACACGUCGCUCUUUAUUGAGUAACCUUCCUCGUCUCUUGGCGGCUUUAGCGUGCGUCUGGGAAGCAACAUCUCGAGCUGAGAGAGAACCACCACACAAGAAUCAGUCCCUUUGGAUCAUGGGGGCUCCCAAGGUUGUGAAGCAACAUAUACUGGGCUUUCUGAGCCCCAUAUCCAUCAACUAUGGUUCCAACUUCAUGGCUGCCGUUGCAGUUGUCUGGUAUGAACGUCGAAAAAAGUGUAGCACCCCUCAGCGAAAGGUGAUACCUCAGUGGAGUGCCGAUCAGCUGUUACUUGUGGAAUUGGUGUCUGCUAUCAAAGUCCUGCCCAUGGAUAGUGUGGUUCAGCUGGUUAGGCAGGUGAUCCGACAGCCGCCUCCUACCAGCAAUGAUAAGAAGAAGCGAGUGCCCCUGGAAGUAAGCAUGCUGCAGUUUUUCUUGGCCUAUAUGACAAACAUGCCUGGCACUCAACUUCUUGAGUCGUGGAGUUCUCUCCUUGGUCUUUGGAAGGAUGGCUUACAGCUCACAAGCAUGCCUCUGGUACAAUUUCAUCUCCUAGGCCUGUUGAACGAGUUUGUCCAAAAAGCUCCACUAUUGGAAGAUAAGAAGGAUCAGAAAGACUUGCAGGACAUUGCCCAAAAGGUAAUAGAUGCCUGUAGCACAGUAGCAAGUGCAAGCUUGGAGCAGACAACUUGGUUAAGACGUAACCUGGCUGUUCGCCCUGGGCCACAGCCAGAUGUUCUUGGAAGCUUGGAUGGUGAUGCUGAUGAUCCAGGCACAACCACAGAAGCAAAGCCCAUGGUCGAAGUACAACUUCCAGAAAGCGUACCUGUGACUAACAGUUCAUCCUCUCAUGCACAGUACAGCGUGCAGGCCCUCUGUGUGCUUUCUGAGUUCCUGGCCCCAGUUCUGGACGUUGUCUAUGUGAGUGAGGAGAAAGAGAAAGUGGUGCCGCUUCUUACGAGCAUUAUGUUCUAUGUCACUCCCUACCUCAAGAAUCGCACUGCUCACAAUAUCCCUAGCUUCCGAGCAUGCUCUCAACUGGUGGCCAGCUUGUCAAGCUACCAGUACACACGCAAGGCUUGGAAACGGGAUGCACUGGAGCUUCUGCUGGACUCUGCAUUCUUUCAAAUGGACCACCAGUGCUUGCGGCACUGGCAAUCUAUUAUUGACCACCUGAUGACCCAUGACAAAACCACAUUCAGAGAUUUUCUGGCUCGUUUCUCGUUGACUCAGAGUGGUUCCCUGAGCAUCUUCAGCAGCAAAGAGCAAGAGUAUGAAUCUCGAUCUUCGCUGCUCAAGCGACUGGCUUUCAUUCUGUUCUGCAGUGAGGCUGAUCAGUACCAGCGCUACAUGCCUGAUAUUCAGCAACGAUUGUCUGAGAGCCUACGCCUUAACCAUGUACCAGCUGUCCAGGCUCAGGUCUUCCUGUGCUUCAGAGUGCUUCUGCUUAGGAUGUCUCCCCAGCAGAUGACUUCAAUGUGGCCCGGCAUCAUCACUGAGAUGGUGCAAGUCUUCCUGCAAAUUGAACAAGAACUCUCUUCUGACUGCGAAGAAUUAAGCAGCUCCCACAUGCACCAAACAGCAGAUAGCCCUUGGGUGAGCAAUGGUCUUCAGUCUCACAAUCACCCAGCCUGGCUGCAACUCUACCUGUAUGCCUGCAAGUUACUUGACCUUGCUGUUGCCCUUCCAGCUGACGUUCUGCCGCAAUUCCAGAUGUAUCGCUGGGCAUUCAUUGGAGAUAGUGCACCCCUUUCGUCAGAUGAAAAUCAACUCUCAAAGCAUGAAGGACACACAUUUACACCACACAUUAUGCGCCUGGCAAAAAUCAUCAACAAGAAGAAGCCAACAUACGAGAGCCUUCCCCAGCGGUGUGGCCGCCCCUUCUUAACGUUGACUGCCUUGCGUACUGUGUAUGACCUCCAGGGCUUCCUCAAUGGCAUUGUCAACUGUACUACUCACUUGACACAACCUCUAGGAAGGCCCGGCGAGCUUCCCAAGUCACGCUCAGCUCCAGAGCUGCUUCAGAGCAAUGAUCCCAUCCCACCUUUUGACAGUGGUGAAGCACGAACGACUCUGCAGUUCAUUGAAGGAAUUUUGGAAAUGGACUUUUUGGAACCAAGACAGUCUUGAUUAUGGGCCAAAUACAGACAAGCAUUCCCUGUGAUAUUGUUAAUUAUUAUUGUUGAUCCAUAUAAGACCUAUAUUUGUCCCUCUAGAAGAACUGCACUGUUGACAUGCCAUGUCUAGUCAGACUUUUAUUGUAUAAUACGAUAUACUGAUACUACAUAAUUCAAUAUGAUGUAAGCGCGUGUCAUUGCAUAAGAAAUGACAUCGAUAUGAAUGUGUUUUUAUGGAGACAUGUAACAUACAUAUUUUUAAUAAAGUCUUUUUGUAACUUC